AUGAUGCCUGGACGACUGAUUGUCUCUGCGGCAGCGUUUCCCUAUGCAGCGGCGGCUCUGGCAUACUACACACACCAAGCUGAACUAAGCUUCGAUUCAUCCGCUACGAUCCCGAUCCUCCAGAUCGAUGGACACAAGAUCGAAUCCGAGGAUGGUAUUGUCAAUGCGCUCCAGUGUGGCAUCCCAGGAGACAGUAAGAAAACGAAGGAGUUCGUGUCGCUGGCGAAGACAAUGCCGACCCUUGUGGCGUUUGAUGAGACACUCGCCGCUCUUAACUUUCUGGACGACCAUCUCACAUUUCGAACAUUUCUAAUUGGCCAUGAUAUCACCGUGGCAGAUUGGGUCAUCUGGGGCGCAAUUAAAGCUUCUGUCAAGCUCGUGGGUCUUCUCAAAAACCAGCGUCAUUGGCAUCUACUUCGCUGGUUCUCGUUUUUGGAAAGCCUCCCUACUAUUCAGUCUGUGCUCAGCUCACUGCUCGAGGCUAAAGUCCUAAACGCACGGUCUGCUUCCAAGACAGCCUCUUCUUUUGCUCUAGGUCUCCCAAACGCCACUGUGGGCCAAGUUGUCAUGCGAUUUCCCCCAGAGCCGAGUGGAUACCUACACAUAGGGCACGCAAAGGCUGCCAUGCUGAAUCAAUACUUCGCCCAGAUGUACGGGGGAAAAUUGAUCAUUCGCUUCGAUGACACUAACCCGUCCAAGGAACGGACCGAGUUUGAGGACACAAUCCUGGAAGACCUUCGCCUCCUCAACAUCGUCGGAGAUUCCGUUUCGCACACAUCAGACUAUUUCGCGCAGCUACAUACUUUUGUCGUCAAGAUGAUAGAGAGCGGCAAAGCCUACGCGGAUGACACCGACAACUCUCACCCUCACGAUUUUCCUUGUUCGUGCCCCUCGAAGCAACACGGCCCACAGUCGCAAAUGGCUCACGAACGGUGGCAUGGUAUCCCUUCCAGUCGACGCGACGCUACAGUCGAAGAAAACCUGCAGCGAUUCUCCGAGAUGAGUACUGGGACUGAGGGAGGCCUUCGCUGGUGUAUCCGAGCGAAGAUUAGCGUCGAUGAUCCCAACAAGGCUCUUCGCGAUCCAGUUAUCUACCGCACAAAUCUCGUGUCUCACCAUCGCACAGGGGACAAAUGGAAGGUCUAUCCGACCUACGAUUUCGCGUGUCCUAUCGUGGACUCGUUGGAGGGCGUGACGCACGCGCUCAGGACGAACGAGUAUCGCGACAGAAACCCACAGUACUAUUGGAUGAUCGAGGCUCUCGGCUUGCGCCGUGUGUCUGUUUGGGAUUUCAGCCGCUUAAAUUUCAUCUACACGCUCCUGUCAAAGCGAAAGCUUCAGUGGUUCGUUGACCGCGGGCUUGUUCGUGGUUGGGAUGAUCCGCGUUUCCCAACUGUCAGAGGGAUCCGCCGUCGCGGAAUGACUGUAGAAACCAUCCGACAAUUCAUGCUGUCCCAAGGUCCCUCACAGGCGGUCGUUUCCCUCGAGUGGGACUCCAUCUGGGCGCUCAAUAAAAAAAUCAUAGACCCUGUUGCGCCACGAUUCUGGGCUGUGCUCAAGGAAGAUAUAGUUCCGGUAAUGAUUCUCGGAGGACCUGCGGGCUACGAGACAAGAUUGCAGCCGAAACAUAAGAAGAAUGUGGACAUCGGAGAGAAGACUGUAGUGUACGGCUCAUCUAUCCUCAUCGAACAGCUUGAUGCCGCUUCGUUCAACGAUAACGAGGAAAUUACUCUCAUGUCCUGGGGAAAUGCCAUAGUCCGCUCCCACACCGUUUCGCCGUCUGGUCGUACCACCUGCAUAUCUAUGGAUCUGAAACUAGAAGGUGAUUUCAGGAAGACCGAAAAGAAAGUGACUUGGUUGGCAUCCCCGACCUUGGAGCAUCCCCUUGUAGAUGUCACGCUCCUGGACUAUGAUUAUCUCAUCACGAAGAAGAAGCUGGGCGAGGACGACGCCUUGGAGGACGUGAUCACGCCUGUUACAGAGUUCCGUCAGGAAGCAUUCGCGGAUGCGAACGUCCUUGAUCUGAACAAGGGCGAUAUCAUCCAGUUCGAACGGAAGGGAUACUAUAUCCUCGAUGGUAUCGUCGAACAUGCACAAGGGGCAGGGACGAGGAGGCUGGAGUUUAUUCGUAUCCCGGAUGGAAGGGCGGUGAAUCUAGCGAGCAAGGCGGCUGCAGGUGCCGACAUUGCACCCGAGCAAGGUGUCAAUAACGCCUAG